CUGAGACUGACGCCUCUGAGCCGCGGAGGAUUGUGGGAGGAGGUUGUCUCCAAUUUCUCCUCCCCCUCCCGGCCAAGAUGUCUGACAUGGAGGAUGAUUUCAUGUGCGAUGAUGAGGAGGACUACGACCUGGAAUACUCUGAAGAUAGUAACUCCGAGCCAAAUGUGGAUUUGGAAAAUCAGUACUAUAAUUCCAAAGCAUUAAAAGAAGAUGACCCAAAAGCAGCGUUAAGCAGUUUCCAAAAGGUUUUGGAACUUGAAGGUGAAAAAGGAGAAUGGGGAUUUAAAGCACUGAAACAAAUGAUUAAGAUUAACUUCAAGUUGACAAACUUUCCAGAAAUGAUGAAUAGAUAUAAACAACUAUUGACCUAUAUUCGGAGUGCAGUCACAAGAAAUUAUUCUGAAAAAUCCAUUAAUUCUAUUCUUGAUUAUAUCUCUACUUCUAAACAGAAUUCUGAUUUUUUAUGUCAGAUGGAUUUACUGCAGGAAUUCUAUGAAACAACACUGGAAGCUUUGAAAGAUGCUAAGAAUGAUAGACUGUGGUUUAAGACAAACACAAAGCUUGGAAAAUUAUAUUUAGAACGAGAGGAAUAUGGAAAGCUUCAAAAAAUUUUACGCCAGUUACAUCAGUCCUGCCAGACUGAUGAUGGAGAAGAUGAUCUGAAAAAAGGUACACAGUUAUUAGAAAUAUAUGCUUUGGAAAUUCAAAUGUACACAGCACAGAAAAAUAACAAAAAACUUAAAGCACUCUAUGAACAGUCACUUCACAUCAAGUCUGCCAUCCCUCAUCCACUGAUUAUGGGAGUUAUCAGAGAAUGUGGUGGUAAAAUGCACUUGAGAGAAGGUGAAUUUGAAAAGGCACACACUGAUUUUUUUGAAGCCUUCAAGAAUUAUGAUGAAUCUGGAAGUCCAAGACGAACCACUUGCUUAAAAUAUUUGGUCUUAGCAAAUAUGCUUAUGAAAUCGGGAAUAAAUCCGUUUGACUCACAGGAGGCCAAGCCGUACAAAAAUGAUCCAGAAAUUUUAGCAAUGACGAAUUUAGUAAGUGCCUAUCAGAAUAAUGACAUCACUGAAUUUGAAAAGAUUCUAAAAACAAAUCACAGCAACAUCAUGGAUGAUCCUUUCAUAAGAGAACACAUCGAAGAGCUUUUGCGAAACAUCAGAACACAAGUGCUUAUAAAAUUAAUUAAGCCUUACACAAGAAUACAUAUUCCUUUUAUUUCUAAGGAGUUAAACAUAGAUGUAGCUGAUGUGGAGAGCUUGCUGGUGCAGUGCAUAUUGGAUAACACUAUUCAUGGCCGAAUUGAUCAAGUCAACCAACUCCUUGAACUGGAUCAUCAGAAGAGGGGUGGUGCACGAUAUACUGCACUAGAUAAAUGGACCAACCAACUAAAUUCUCUCAACCAGGCUGUAGUCAGUAAACUGGCUUAACAGAGAACAAGCUUUUACAGACGUCCUUAAGGCAACAGUGCAGAGAUGUAAUCCUUAAAAGAACUGGGAAUGGCAAAACUACUGUCGGUUGAUGUGUCCUGAAAAUUAUUGGAGUUAUGGCAGAAGUGCUUUUUUGAUCAACUGGUUUGUGUUUUGCUGCUGCAUUUAUCCCAAGAAAAACAGCUUUAAUCUCCAGAAGAAAACCAAAAUACCAUGGGAUUUAUGCUGUAUUGACAUUUUGCCCUAAACAUACAACAUCAUAGUAAUUUGUCAUGGGCAACAUGACCAGAGAGAAGAUUUUUGUCAUGAUUUUAAAUACACUGACACGCUACUGUUGGUUAAAUUUAAACAUGUUUUACCUGCAGAAAUUCUCUCACAAAUAACCUGCAAUAACUUGAAAUGCAUACCCUUUUGAACACUUCCUUUUCUCAUGUAUAAAUUAAAAUGUUUGCUGCAUUUUGCAAAAUGUCAAUUCUCUAAAAAUGUGUCCGUAUAUUUCUGUACCUGCAGUGUAGUAAAGGUUUAGACGAAACCCCAUAAUUAUAGUGGCAUACUGUCACUUAGGUUUCAAGCAGCAAAAUAAACAGUGCAGCUCAGAAAUUGUAGUUUGGUUCUUGAUGUGUUUUUAUUACAUUUGGAGUUGUUGUUUUGUUUUUUAGUACCUUCGAAAUUUCAAAUUAUUUUAUCUUUAGUUAAUGAUUUUAAAAAGCCUGGGGGCAAAUAAGCUGGUUAUUUGCUUUCAAGUUUUUAAAAGUAGUCUUUAUUGAUACAGUAAGGAGAACUACUUUCUAACAAAACACUUGCAUAGUUAUGACAGUGAUGCUUUAAAGGAAUAAAAUUCUUUUUUUUUAAAGAGUGAUAUUCCUUUUCAAAAGAAUACUAACUCUCAGAAUGUUCACUUUAAACAAAUAUGCCAGAACAUAGACAGCUAAAUGAAUGUUACUCUGAAUAGUGAUCAUGCUGGAAGGUUAUUUCCUAAUGCCAGCAAUCUACCAUUGCCCAAAACCUGCUGGGUUUACUCUUUUAGAAUUGCAUUCAAAGUUAAUUUGUCACAGACACUAUUAACUUUAUGAUUAUACGUUGUUUUAAAAAAUACAGUAUUAGGAAGCUUGAUUAUUUUUAGUUACCAUUAUUUGGCACCAAGUGAAAGUUUCCAAAACUUCCACCUAACUUUGAGGUAAUGCAGAAAGUAUACAACUGUCUUUGAAAGCAAUCCCAAAAGAGUUUUAAAGGUUUUUUGAGCAGUGCAGUAUACUUAGGAGAAUGAACUGUGGCCUUCCAAGGUAACAAACUACCUUAAAGGAACUCAGCUCAUUUGAAUGUAUUGAGUUUUGGAUGUAUUUGUUUCAUUUUUUAAAAAGUUCACAUUAUUUUAUAGUGUCGAAAGGAAGAACUAAGAUUAACAUAAUUUCUUUGGUUUUUCUAUUGCUUGUUAUUAUGUAAAAACUGGGUGGCAGUUCAGAAGGAAGAUUGUUGUAACAGAAGAGUGACAACCAAGAAUUUUUUGAUCAUUAAAUCAGAUUUUAUAAACAGUGGAAGGAGCAUGGACUUAAAACAAGGCAUGCUUAUUCGGUUUUGUCAAAAUUUUACGAAAAUAUGUGAUAUAUAUUUAUACUAAAACUAUAUAAUCCUUAGAUUUAGAAAAGCAAUCAGUUAAUGUCUUUAGCAGACUAAAGCAGUAUUAAACACAGGUACAAGUUGGAAAUUGUAGAAAACGGAAAGAAAACAAAAGACAAAAUGUCUAUGGUAGGGAAUAAAAGAGUUUAAGAUAUUAUAAAAUUAUGUGUAUUUUCUUCUCUUUUACAUAAAUCAUUUGUGAAAAGUGUGCUAAACUUUUUUUACAAGAGUGAUAUUAAUUAGGAUUUAUUUUUCAAUAUAAUUUGGAGACCCUUUGUUAUCCAAAUAAAAAUGAUGAGUUUCUGUGCCUGUAUUCAAAUAUGUAUGCAUGUGAUAACCCUUGAAAACUAAAGCCCUUCUUAACUUUGAGUUGAUGGAAUUAGAAUUCGAAGGAUUUGAAUGAAAUGAUUUAACCUUUAUCCUCCAAUUCUUGCAAUGCCCAGUUCUAUGCUAUCUUUGCUUUGUACAGUAGUGCAUCUUCCACUUUCUAGAGAGAAAGCAUGCACUUGUUAUUCUGUGGAAAACUGGGCUAAAUAUAUAACAGUAUCCAAAGUUAUACCGUAAUAAUUUAUUGUAAUUGUGUAUUACGUAGCUUUGUUUACCCAGAUAUAGGUGCGUUCUUUUUUUUCUGUUAGUCAUCUGUGACUUCUGUUCUGGAAUACAGGUUUUUAAAUAUAUCUUAACAGUCUGACUAACUUAAAAUAAUUUAUUCUUCCCUUAAAACAUUUUUCUGUGUUUUUGUGCAUCAAAUAUUGUAGAGUUGAAAUCUUAGAGAUUGCUUAUCAAAAUAUAAAUUUAGGGGAAGUUAAAAAUCGAUUGGCAAAUUUGUAGCAUUUAUUCACUGAUUAAAUCUUUUCCACUUUUGUGAAAACGGUACCAGUGGUUUACAUCAUAUUGUAAUGUGUUCAUCUCAUUUUUCUUUUUAUCCCUCAACCUAGCUAAAAGUUACUGCAAAGAAGUCUUUGGCUGCCACAAGUAGAUGCUGUCUACUACAAGAGCUGGAUUUCCAUUCUUGAAUGGAAAUUUCAUUCAUUCUUGCUCUUACAUUAAAGUUGUUGAUUAAA